GAACAGUCGUGCUUCGGAUAGACUUGGCAACAAGGGAAAUGAUAAUCAAAAAUUGAGAAUCAUUAUUAUUGAUAUUUUUUGUAUUAUUUCAAACGAGUUCAAACUUUUCCAAAUAAAUAUUAAACGCUAUUGGAAACUGGGAAGUGAAAAGUUUGAAAAUAAUUUUAAUUGUGUUUCGUUUUAGUAUCUUGAGAACAACCCUGUUGUAGGUACACUUGAGUAUUCCAUAGAAAUGGGUCAAAGUCAUUCAGCCGGUGGUGGUGCUGGUGGUGAAAAGAAAGACGACAAAGACAAAAAGAAGAAGUAUGAACCACCAAUCCCAACAAGAGUGGGGAAGAAAAGGAAGCGUGCAAAGGGUCCAGACACAGCUACUAAACUACCAUUGAUUACUCCACACACAAGAUGUCGUUUGAAGUUGUUGAAAUUGGAACGUGUCAAGGAUUAUUUAAUGAUGGAAGAAGAAUUCAUACUGAACCAAGAACGGCUUAAGCCCCAAGAAGAAAGGAAUGAAGAAGAACGUUCAAGAGUAGAUGAUCUACGUGGAAGCCCAAUGUCUGUUGGUACAUUGGAAGAGAUUAUUGAUGAUAAUCAUGCAAUAGUGUCAACAUCUGUUGGAAGUGAGCAUUAUGUUAGCAUUUUGUCAUUUGUCGACAAAGAUCAGUUGGAACCCGGGUGCUCAGUAUUACUUAACCACAAAGUCCAUGCAGUGGUUGGAGUACUAUCAGAUGAUACAGAUCCUAUGGUAACUGUGAUGAAAUUAGAAAAAGCACCACAAGAAACUUAUGGUGAUAUUGGUGGUUUAGAUCAACAGAUCCAAGAAAUUAAAGAAUCUGUUGAACUUCCUUUAACUCAUCCUGAAUAUUAUGAAGAAAUGGGUAUUAAACCACCUAAAGGAGUUAUUCUGUAUGGACCUCCAGGAACAGGUAAAACCCUUUUGGCUAAAGCUGUUGCCAACCAGACCUCGGCAACAUUCUUACGAGUUGUUGGAUCUGAACUUAUCCAGAAAUAUUUGGGAGAUGGUCCCAAAUUGGUAAGAGAACUGUUCCGUGUAGCUGAGGAACACGCACCAUCCAUAGUAUUUAUUGAUGAAAUAGAUGCAGUGGGUACUAAACGUUAUGACUCAAAUUCUGGAGGUGAGCGUGAAAUUCAGCGUACUAUGUUGGAACUUCUUAAUCAAUUGGAUGGGUUUGAUUCCAGAGGUGAUGUUAAGGUGGUUAUGGCCACAAAUCGUAUUGAAACUUUGGAUCCAGCAUUGAUUCGUCCAGGUCGUAUUGAUCGUAAAAUCGAGUUCCCCUUGCCAGAUGAAAAAACAAAACGUCGUAUAUUUAAUAUACACACUUCCAGAAUGACAUUGGCUGAAGGUGUUAAUCUCCAAGAGCUCAUUAUGGCCAAGGAUGAUCUUUCUGGUGCUGAUAUCAAAGCUAUUUGUACUGAAGCUGGUUUGAUGGCUCUCCGUGAACGUCGUAUGAAAGUAACCAAUGAAGAUUUCAAGAAGUCCAAAGAGAGUGUCUUAUACCGUAAGAAAGAAGGCACACCUGAAGGAUUAUAUUUGUAAUCCUAAUAAUAUUGGAGGAUUAUAUUUGUUAUACUGAAAAUAUUCUAGGAUUAUAUUUGUAAUACUGAAAAUAUUUUGUAUUUUAUGUCUAUGAAACACCUUAAAUCAAACAUAACUUCAUUACCUAUAACUAUAUUUUUACAUUUUUCAAUGUUUAAACAUUUUUUCAAAUUAAUAAAUGCCAAAUUAUAACCAUAUAUUAAUUUUUUUACUAUAAUACCAUAAUAGAUUCACAUUCCAACAUAACAUUAAUCGACACCCCAGUUCAAAACUGCAACAACUCGAGUUAUUACAAAUUCAAGUUAUGGUACACCAUCUUAUAGAUGAUCUUGUAACGAUUUCAGUUCAUGAACGCAAUAAAAUAUAGUUAAAUUAUUGACCACGAGAGAGCAUUUUCAAAAUUAUAAUUUACAUUAACAUUACAUAAAGAAACAAUAUAGAAAACACAUUAUACCCAACAAACAAAUUAUUUGAGUUGUUGCAGUUUUGAUCUGGGGCGUCGAAUUUUCAUCGUCCAGGCUAGGAGUUGAUUACAGUCUAUUUUAAUAGUUAGAUAUCUACUAAUAUAAGAUGUGAAUUAAAUUACAUUGUAAUUGUGUUAAGUUAGAGAAAUCACUUUUCACACUUCUUGUAAACCUAAUUCUGUGUAAUACUGUAAUGUAAUAAAAAAAGUUUGAAAAAUAUUCUUUUAUAAUGUAUUGUACUAUUAAACCUUGUAAAAAAAAGUAUUCAUAUACAAUAACUAUGAUUUAUGCACCUUAGAAUGCCAGGUUAUGUUGUGAGUUGAUAUUUUUUUUUGGUACAUAUGUAAUUAUUACGUUUUACUAUCAAAUAAAAAUGGAUUGUACCAUGGUUUUCUUUCAAA